UCUGUAGUGAUUUUUGGAUCCUGGUUUGAUCACACACUUGGAUGGUUAACCAGGAGAGACACAGAGAACUUUCUACUAAUGUCCUAUGAGGAGCUACAGAGGGACCUCAGAGGCAGCACGCAAAAAGUGUGUCAAUUUCUGGGCAAAUAUCUGACUCCAGAACAGCUUGAUUCUGCUGUCCGAAACUUGUCCUUUUCAGUCAUGAAAGAGAAUAGCAUGUCCAACAGCCUAAUGCUAAGAAAUCCCAAAGAUGGCACCGUCUCCAAUAUACCAUUGCUGAGAAAGGGCAUCUGUGGUGACUGGAAGAAUCUCUUCACUGUGGCUCAAAGUGAAGCCUUUGACAGAGUCUAUCAGGAGAUGUCGAGGCUGGAUCCUGGUCUCUUCCCCUGGUCGGCACGAUGUUGAUCAAUGCCCCCACCCACCUAC